CUUUCGGUCUCUCUGUACGGCUCUAGCGGAACCCGAAACAUGCCGGCUAAAGGUCCCUUGCAAUCAGUCCAGGUUUUCGGGCGAAAAAAAACAGCCACUGCUGUUGCUCAUUGCAAGAGGGGCAAUGGCCUUGUCAAAGUGAAUGGCAGACCGCUGGAGAUGAUUGAGCCAAGCACCCUCCAGUACAAGCUUCUGGAGCCAAUUCUGCUGCUCGGCAAAGAACGCUUUGCUGGAGUGGACAUCAGAGUCCGAGUGAAGGGUGGUGGACACGUCGCACAGAUCUAUGCUAUUCGUCAGGCCAUCUCCAAAGCCCUGGUUGCCUACUACCAGAAAUAUGUGGACGAGGCUUCCAAGAAGGAGAUCAAAGACAUCCUGAUCCAGUAUGACAGGACCCUGCUGGUGGCCGACCCACGCCGCUGCGAGUCCAAGAAGUUCGGUGGACCUGGAGCCCGCGCUCGCUACCAGAAGUCUUACCGUUAAACUCGCUGUAUAUUUUCAUACAAUAAAUGGGGUGGAACUGUU